GGGGCCUGGGUUUAGUCUUGGGUGUGCUGUUUUCAUAACAAACCAAAAGAUCGAAAGGGCAAGUUCGUUGGUAAAACUUCGUUAUCUUUGUUCUCAAAGAAAGGCUAAACACACGGAUAGCAUGCCUUGAUCUAGGAAAUAUGUGAUACCCAGUGACGCGAACAAAUCGACGCGAUUAGAGUCAAGCAUGCAGAAAGACCACACAUCGAUAUUACCCGCUUGAAAGAAUUGUUAUGAAACAUCCAUAAAAACAACAAGUUUAUUCUGAUUUACAAGCUAACCAAGUAGUUUGCUAGUAUUAUGGCUGCAUUAUUUCCUCCCGGUGUGUUUGGAGCAGCGAUGGGAGACAUUCUUAGUGACCCACCAGCUCUACAACCAUCUCGUAGUAUUGCGAGAGAUUUCGACCCAAAGUUUUUAUUCCUUGGCGAAGGACAAGAUCCUCUAAUGCUUUGUCAGAAACUUCUACAAACAGUCGUGGACCAUGAGAUAUUUGGACAAAGCCGGCCUUCUAUUUGUGUACCAAGUUUAAUGCCGAAAGCAGUAGACGAAAUGCCCCUGACAGCCCGCCAUCUGCAAAUGGUGUCUUUCGGAAGAAAAUUCCACUGGAAGAAAGAUCAAAUAGAAGGGCUAUUUUACGUAACGAACUAUGAAAAUUUAAAGAUGGAAGGACUCAGAACACGGAGAGAAAUCCCAGUUGAAGAUUUCAUACUCGAGAGAAACGUGCCCAGGUGCGACCUAUUCGGUGUCAUCUUUCAAAAAGUUGAACCUCUAUGGCUGAGCAAUAUUCAUUCGGCUGAAAUCUAUAAUUUUAAAAAGCGUUUAGCUAGCGCUUUGAGAAUUCCCACUGGACGAAUUCUUUGGGUCCAAAGACCGUUUGAUUUUACAGAAUUUGUAGAGAAAACUAUGCUUCACGUAUACAGAAGAAGAGAGGACAAGGAAUGCGAGGAAAAUGAGCAGAUAGCAAAAGGUCAAUUCCUAAAAUCCAAGGGUGCAAUGCCAGAGGAGAUCUGUGGCCCUAUCACUAUGUGCUAUGGAGACAUACCUGAGAAGAACGGAAUCACAUUAUCUGAGGGUGUUUAAACCCACUGCCAUCCAGUGAAUAAAUAGUUUAUCUAGUAGGAAAGAACUCUACCAUUCACACGUUAGUGAGGUUAUUCCCAAUUGUUUAAUGCUUUGCAAUUCAAUAUUUAAGAACAUUUUCAGGGUAGAUAGUGCCCCCUUUUAUCUCAGCAAUAAUGAAUUUGUAAAUAUAUUGAUAAUAGGCAGUGAAAGUAUUGUCAAUAGAUAUUAUUAAAAGUUUCAGCACUUUUGGAGGAUUUGUUGUUUAUGAUGGCCAUAGACAAUGGUUAUUCAGCAACACUUUUGGUAGUUUCCCCAUACUCUUUCAUUUAUUUUCAGUGCUAGACAAUGUAGGUUUGAACUUAGAAUAAACAUCUUUUUGGGGGUAUUGUUUUCUGAGGAAGGGGGGUAGUAUUUGGCUCACCAUGUGUUUGGAGGGAGGAGUGGGUAAAAUCUUAAUUUCCAAGGUGCAAAAGUUGAGAAUUGCAUAUAAAAUUCCCUUUCCAUUGCUGAAGGAAGCACCCUAGCACCCAUGAUUUCAUACCAACUGUUAAACAAUGGUUAUAGCUUAACAAGCAAGUAUCUUAAUAUUAGGUAAACGUCUACUAGGUAACCAUUUACCUAAUGACAUGGGAUGGUUGCCUAAUGACUUUCAUCAUAAAAACAGACUCCAUAGUAUUUCCUUUUUUUACUUCUGAGCUUUUUUUUCGAAACAUUUGCAGCAUUUUACAAAGUAAACAUCCUAAGGGACAAGUGGGCAGAUACUAGUGACAAUACAAAUAACAAUUAAUGAGAAAAGGCAGCAGAAGUAUCUUAAGAGUCUCUCCGCGAAAACUAUCAUUACUCCUCCAUUGCCUAUUAUCAUGAUUUCUCCAUCGCCUAUUGUCAUAUCUUGAUAGAGAGAAUGUAAAUAAAAUAAAGCCAUUAAAAAAAUAAUUACAUGCUAAAUCUGGCCCAGACCCUAAUGUGUGUCUAUACUUUGGGUCCCUGGGUCUUCCCCAUCCAGGUGGAACCUCAAAUUGUCUUUUAUUGAGUUGUAUUGUACUACAAAUUAGUCUUUGUUGAACUGAAUAAUGAAUAAAAAUGAAAAUAAAACACUAUUUUACACCGGU